AUGAACCGAUCCAGGUCGACGAGUCGUAGCUUCCCGGUCUGCAACCAAAGUCAGGAUAUCGACACCGAGAGUCCCCAAUACGCCGACCCCAAGUACGACUCCGGCUCCUCGUACGAGGACCGGCCGGCCUCGAUGACCGAUCUCCCGAUAAUGGUCCCCAUGGACCCGGUCACGGGCGCCUACAUCCCUUACCCGGAGUACGCGUACUACCACGACGACGGUUGCAGGCUUAACCGCCUGAAGUGGAAGUGUAAGAAGAAACAGUCCAAAAACAAUUUAUUCCUUGCGUUUAUGUACUAG